AUGCCACUGGGGCUUGGCUAUCUGGUUGCCUUGCUGCCGGAGCCUGUUCUGAGUGGGGUUCAAGAGGUCCUGUUCUGGAUCUGCAAGCUGCCCAUCUUCUGCUGGAUCCCUGUGCUGGCAUUCUGGUGGCACUAUCUGGUGGGCUUUGGCUACAUCACCUUGGCUGAGGCUCUGAGUCUGUAUCUAGGUCUGGUAGUUCUGAUGCUGCUGCACGCAGCCGAUGUGCCAUCGGCCAUUCCGACUCUUGGGACGAUCUACAAUGCUGCCAUGGUGACGUCCUUCUUGAGCCGCUUGGGCCGUGCUGCGCGGCUGGAGUACUUCAAUCCUUUCACGGCCAAGACUAGCGGAACUUCCCAUCAGGCGGAUGACCAGACCACACCCUUCGACCAAAGCUUCACGAAACUCCUCACAGGUGCCCAGUACCACCUGGAGACCGUGGGACCCUACGCGCGGCUCCAUUUGACGGUGCACGGAGCUGCCAAGCUGCUGGCGCAGGACUACUGCGGCACCUCGGACCCCUACGUGGAGAUCUACGUCAACGACGUGAAGAAGGGGAAAAGCCACCAUCAGAACUUCACGCUGAAUCCACGCUGGAACCACUCGGCGGUCCUGGAUAUUUGGUCUCCCUUCUCGAUCAUCACUUUACGCAUCAUGGAUUGGGACCGUGUGAGCCAACACGACCCCAUCGGCUUCGUGGACUUCUGCGUGGCAGAUCUGGAACCCAACGGCACGGGGCUGCGGGGAUGGCUGGAGGUGAGGAAGAUGAAACACAUGGCCACGAAUGCUAAGCGACGUUUCUUUCAACACAGGCGCUUGCGCGACGACGCCUUGUCCGAGGAGGAGAAUGAGGAUGAGGUCGCCGCCGAUGCCGAGGGGAUCGAGUCGGUGGCCAUGGAGGGAGCCGAAGGAAUCUCACCGCUGCCGGUGACGCAUUUGGUGAACAACGCCGGGAUGAAGAUGCUGAAUAGAAGGUUGAACAGUUUCCACUUCGCCGAGCGAAAGGCCAAGCUGAAAGCGGGCAUGAAGGCCAUGAAGAGUCGCGCCAAGAUGCCCAACUGCUGCAGCCUCGAGCGCCGCGACGCCAACGCAGCGGCCGUGGCCGCGUCCAGCGCGCCGCCGUCCCUGGCGCCGUCGCCCAACGCGUCGCCGGCGCCGUCGCCCAACCUGGGAAUCGGGGCAGGGAAGCUGCGAUUUCCACGGCUGAGGGGGCACAAGAAAGCCAAGAAUGCAGGUGAAGUGGAAGUCUCCAUGCGUUUGGAGACCACCUGCAGGACGGACGUUCCGAAGGAAACGGCCGGCACGCCCGUCUUGGAAGUGCUGUACACUGCGGUCCUCAUGCCCAGUAGGAUCAGCGAUGUGGUGAAGAGUGCUGAGUGGUUUGCUUGCUGCCUGCCAGAGCCGAUCUUUCGAGACGAAGAAACCUGGUCCUUGGCCUCCAUCAAGAUGUUGGUGGAGGAAGUGGUGGAACUGAUGGAUAUGUUGUUACAGGUGCUGGUCAUUCCUCCCAUGAACAUUGUCUUGCUGAUCGUGGGGUGGUACUACUGGCCUCUCUCCGUGGCCACGUUGUUAUACUUUUGGGCCUUGGUCUACUGGGUUUCUGACAUGCUGUGCACUUUACCCUUGUUCCUUCUCGUCUUCUUCGUGCUGUUGAGAGAUCGGACGGCGUCGAACUGGCUGCUGGCGCAUCCAGCGGUGGUGCCACUGAAUCGCGACGGUUUUGAGAUGGUGGCCUAUUUGAAAAACAGCGGCAGCAUGGCCUUCUGGUUGAAGCGCUUGGUGAAAGAUCGGGGCGGCUGGAUCGAAGAUCGCACAGAGCUGAAGGAAUUUGCUAAGAGACUCCACAAAGAUGGACGUCCAGCGAUGAAGUUUCAGGAGCUCGUGGACAGCUUGCAGGAGAAGUCCUGGAUCACGUGGCAAGCCAAGGCGAAGAAGUGUCCGCAAUGUCACCACGUGCUGGAAUUUUGGGGAAACGGUGCUAUUCGCCUGGACGACGGCUGGUGCUGCUAUGGUCUGCGCAGCAAGAACCAGGACUCCCGGAACGGCCGAUUCUGUAGUCAAGGACUUCACUGCGUCAGCGGCCAGCACCUGGGACGACAGCGCUACCACUGCACCAAAUGUGCCCGGCGCGGGGCUUCUCUGGAUCCGCCGCAGGGAGAUGUGUGUGGUGUUUGCGCACGUGGAGGGCGUGGUUACUACCUCACCAGCUUUUUAGAUAGUCCCACCUUAAACCAGCUACCCAUGUGGCGCAGUUUGCCCGUCAAGACGCUGAAAGAGCUCAUCGGCGAGUUGGAACCCACGUUGGACCUGGCACGUCAUUUGGUGAAGCAGGUCUUGAGAUAUUUGGAUCACCUUCGCGAUCCGCAGAAUGAGGAGAGCUAUGGCCGUGUGUGUGCUGUGUGCAUAUCUUCCAGCGGGGCCUUGUACGCUCUGAGAUGUCUUAUGGGCGAUUCUUUCCUCAGCCUGUUGUUUGGGGCAUUGAAAUUGGCGAUUCUUCUGGUGGGCACCGGCGCGUUCCUUCUCUUCACGGGGCCCAUCCGGCGCCUACGCACCGCCUACAACGCCUCGCGCUUGCUGGCGCGUUGCCAUCGCUGGCGCCUGCGUGGCGGCUGUCAACGCUGGAAGUUCUUCCGACCCAGUGAGGGCCAACCGCAACGGCUCAACGUUCGAGUCGAUUCGCUCGACACCCUUGAAGAUGCCAGUACAGCUCUGUUUCCCUUGAGUCCCUAUGGAAGGGGCUGAGGGGCUGGCCUUUUUUGCGCCCAAAAAAGGAUUUGCAUUGC